ACUGUUCCUUGUUACAAAGCUUGUGUUCUGAUUUCAGGUCUCUCUCUCCCUCUCUCUCUCUCUCAUACCAACCCCGAAGAAGAUCUCAUAGAAACCCUAACCCUAAUUCAUCGUCUCAUUCAUGAAUUUCUUCAGAUCCAUUUUAGCAGAGGAAUCGGAUCCUCCGCUACCCGAUAACCCACCCAAAUCCCCCACGAACCCAUCCCAAGAACACCGCGAUGAUGACAACAACGACGACGUCGAUGAUCAAUCAGAUCAGAGCUCUCCAAACCCUAAUUCCUCGGCCGCCGCCGGCGGGUGGAGCUUCGGAGGUCUGAUCAAGACCUUCGCUACCAGAUCCGAGUCGGUCAUCGAGACCUAUCGUCGCGAUCUCAAGGAAUUCGGGUCGGGUCUUCAGAAGGAAACAGCGGUGUUUCGCGAGGUCGCCAGCCGCGCCGUGAAGGAUCUCCCGUCGUCGAUCGAGGUCGGCGCGUCGGUGGCUCAUGGAUCGCUAGGGCACGCAAUCGAUGGAGUUUUGAAAUCAACGGCCGAGAUCAUCGCACACGGUAAGGAAACCCUUCUCGCACCCUCCGAUGGCGAAUCGGAUUCCGAAUCGCAUAGUCAAAGUAAUCAGAAUCUGACCCCGAGGAGGUACAGUCGAUUCGAAGCGCAAUUGCGCUCAAUUCAGAGUGAUGCGAAUAGUUACUGUGAAGAACCGGAGGAUUUGGAGGAUUACAAUAAGUGGAAAUUAGGGUUUGUGUUGGAAGAGAAGAGUGAUGAAGUUAGGAGCUUGAUUGAAGAAAAUGAGUCUAUGGAAGGAAUGUAUAAAAGGGUUGUGCCCAAUGUGGUUGAUCACGAGACCUUUUGGUUUCGGUACUUCUUUAGGGUUCAUAAGCUUAAGCUUCAGGAGAAUGUGAGAGCGAAUCUUGUAAAGAGAGCAAUUUCAUCCGAAGAUGAUGAAGAAUUGACUUGGGAUGUGGACGAUGACAACGAUGAUGAAGAAGAGAGUAAUGGGUUAUCAAAAGGCAACAGCAUAGUAACAGUUGAAAAUAAGGAAUUGGGUAGUCAAGAAUUGCCUCAAGUGCUGAAGAGUGAAACCAAUGAAGCACAAGUUGAGAGCUCUAAGGUUGUUGAUAGCAAGGAAGAGAUUAAGCCCAAUGUGGAUGAUGUGGAUAAGGGCAAUGUUAUAGAAGCAAGUAGUGAGAAAGUGACCAAUGAGGAAGUGCAUUCUGAACAAACUUCUGAAGAAGUGAAGAACAAUGUUGAGUCUGUAUCAAAAUCUGAUGAGAAGGUGGCUUUGGAUGGGAAGGUUGAUACUAGUGAAUCUUGUAAAGAUAGUGAUUUGUCGAUUGUGUCAACUGAACCAUCGUUGCCGGAGGAGGAAGACCUUGGGUGGGAUGAGAUUGAGGAUCUUGGGAGCAAUGAGGAAAAGAAAGUUAGUCAUGGUGAAAGUCCAAACAGAGAUGAUCUUCGGAAGCGGAUGAGUGCUGCAGAUGAAGAUGAGGAUUUGAGUUGGGAUAUUGAAGAUGAUGAUGAGCCUGUCACAAAGCGUGAUACCAUGUAAGCGUCAAGAAUGUUAAAUGCUCAAAGUGUAUUGCAACGUGUUUGUUUCUUUCUUUCCCAUAUUAUUUGUUUUAUGUAAGUGUUCAGCUGCAUAGAGUGGGGAGGAUUUCUUUCCUCUGUAAUAGGUUUAUGAAGCAAAUUGUUUAUUGAUUCUGUAUAAUAUUGGAAGUUGAAGCAAUUGAAUAUUUGAAUUCAUAAUAAGAUGGCUCUACAUUUAUUGAA